AUAAAAAAAGUGAAAAAAUAAUUACAGGAUUCGCAGGAGGAAGGGCCAAAAGCGUAUAUGUACUCAAAAGCAAGGAGGGAUUUGUAAUUUAUCCGAAAAAUACAGCAAAACGGCACGGCGUAACGUCUUUCCAGUGAAAAAAAACACAGACAGGCGCUCUUUUCAUCUGUGUAACCCGCGGUGUGUAUGGCCAUGAGACUCGUCGAAGAAGAAGAAGCAGCAGCAGUAGCAGCAACAGAAGCUGAAACCCAUUGAGAGUUGAAACAUUUCAUUACCCAAAAUGCAGGAUCCAACAAACACAAACAACUCUAAACCAAAUCCAACGUUAGAAACACAAAACUUUCCUCAUGGACAACCAUUUUCUUUCCGGAGCUCUGGUCACCGGCGGGCACACUCCGAGGUCCAUUUCCGGCUUCAGGAAGAUCUGGAUCUCGUCACAGAUCCAUUCGAAGGACCAUCUGGAAGCUCCUUCGAUGAGCUUGGAUCCGAGGACGACCUCUUUUGCACCUACAUGGACAUUGAAAAGCUCGGAUCCAGACCCGAGGAAGGUCCUUCGGGUCUGAAACUUGACAAUGCGGUUAAUGGGUUAACUGAUGGUGGUGGGGUCCAAGUAGGAAGAAUUGGCGGCGGGGUGGUCGAUGCGGAUGAAGAAAAGAAUGUGAGGCCAAGACAUAGGUAUAGCAAUUCGGUUGAUGGGUCUUCGUUUUUGGAGUCUAUAGAGGCCAAGAAAGCUAUGGCUCCUGAUAAAUUAGCUGAGCUGUGGACUCUCGAUCCAAAACGAGCCAAAAGGAUUAUUGCAAAUCGGCAGUCUGCUGCUCGGUCAAAAGAAAGGAAAGCCCGCUAUAUAUCAGAACUUGAAAGAAAAGUGCAGACCCUUCAGACAGAAGCAACUACACUUUCUGCACAACUCACACUAUUCCAGAGAGAUACAACAGGUCUAUCUACUGAGAACACAGAGCUUAAGCUUCGGUUGCAAGCUAUGGAACAACAGGCUCAAUUACGUGAUGCUCUGAAUGAAGCACUAAAGAAGGAAGUAGAGAGACUCAAACUUGCCACUGGAGAAAUGAUGACGCCAACGGAUACCUAUAAUUUAGGAAUGCACCAUAUGCCAUACACCCAAUCUUCCUUCUUUCUGCCCCAGUCUCAAACUAGGAUAGUUAACAGCCAAAACAUGCAGAUGCCUCAGUUUCAUUCGUUCCAGUCCAACAUGUCAACUCCACUUCAACCUAUGGGAGGUUCAUCUCAUUCACAUGCCUUCCCGGAUAUGUUGCAGCAGGAUCCUUUGGGACGAUUGCAGGGGCUUGAUAUAAGUAGCAGAAGCACGCUUGUAGUUAAAUCUGAGGGUCCGUCACUUUCUGCCAGCGAAAGCAGCAGCCUUUGAUGCAAGCUUUUCUGAUCAACACUUCACUUCAUCCUAUUUCUUGGAUUGUUUAUAGACUGACCAUAUUGACAGCCUAAGGUAAUAUUCUUUCGGGUUCGAUUCUUUCUUUGUAGUGGGAUUCUUUGUUGUUAAUUCAUCAUCUCUUUAAGAUACGAGGUUUUGUCUCUGUUCAAAUCAAAAUUGUAUUUUGUCGGGGUUGUUGCUGGAAUAGAAGGUUGUUCCUGGCAGAAAUGCAUCCUUGCAUACAAAGUGCCCCAAGUUAGAUUUUAUUUGUUUACUGUCCAAAAUUUGUAUUGCUCAGGAAAAUGAAUUUUUGUUCUUUGAUUUCCUCAUUAUUUCAAUGGCUGAUCUUCUCGUGACGCCAUCGGUUACAAUUAAAAUGUGCAACUAUAUGUACUGAAUUUUCUCAUGAACAAUUCAUUGUUGUGGAAGUUUUUAUCAAGGAACAGACAGCUUUCAUGUUCAUAUUCCUGAAUGGAUGAAAA